UGGGACAGAUCCUGUGUUCUGCCAGCAUUGUUUAAGGAUCCCGGAAGCUGCUCCGCGAUGGAAGAGGACCAGGAGCUGGAGAGAAAAAUAUCUGGACUGAAGACCUCAAUGGCUGAAGGCGAGAGGAAGACAGCCUUGGAAAUGGUCCAGGCAGCUGGAACAGAUAGACACUGUGUGACAUUUGUAUUGCACGAGGAGGACCAUACCCUAGGAAAUGCUCUGCGGUACAUGAUCAUGAAGAAUCCAGAAGUGGAGUUUUGUGGUUACACUACGACUCAUCCUUCAGAGAGCAAAAUUAAUUUGCGUAUUCAGACUCGAGGCACUCUUCCAGCUGUUGAGCCAUUUCAGAGAGGCCUGAGUGAGCUCAUGAAUGUCUGCCAGCAUGUGCUUGACAAAUUUGAGGCCAGCAUAAAGGACUAUAAGGAGCAAAAAGCAAGCAGAAGUGAAUCCACAUUCUAGCCCCUUAUGCAGGAUACAAGAAUUAUAGCAUGCUCUAUCCUUUAGCAAAAUGUGGUUCUAGCUAUUGACCCAUUACAGCUAUUGCAAUCCCAACAAGAACAUGUAUAUUCAUCUAAUA